AUGGUGCUAGUUAUUUGGAUGCUUUCCUUUAUUGGGAUACGGUGCAAUGAAGACGAGGCUUACACUUCAAUCAAGGCUGAAUAUGACAAGGAGAAGGAUGCUAAAAUAAUUGGCCUCACUAAGAAGUAUCAUGAUAAGAUGUUGUUAUAUCCUGAUGUUACGUGGGACAACGAUAUGGUUGAUAUUAUAACAGUAUGCACAAAUAGUAAUAAUAGCAGUAUUACAAGGAAAGACAUUUCAAUUACUGAUGAAACAUUGAGAAAAAGAAUGAAUUGUUUGAUUUUAAAUCUACUGACAACCUACAUGGAAGGUGAAGAACAAUACAAGAAUAGCAUUGGGAAGUUCUUCACAAGUGAUAAUGUAACAGAAGAUGAUUUCAAAGCAGCAAUAAAACAAUUAAAAGAGCAAGCAGAGAGAUCAGAAGCAGAGGGAUUUAUACUGAAUCGUUUACUAUACGAAGAAGCAAUAAAGGUAACAGUCAAAAUGGGGAAUAAGUGCAAGUUAACAUCAGAUCAAAAGCUAGAAAAAGUGAAAGAACAUUUCCAAAAACUGCCAUUUACCACAGUAUUAACUAAUGAGGAAGAUAAAACAGACAUCAUUGCUUACACAUAUAUUGUAUUUACGAUCGGAAAUAAACGGAUGAAGUCUGAAAUAGUUAAGGCAACAAUAAAAAGAAAUAAAGAGCAAAUAAUACAUAAUCUGGAAGAAUAUGUGGUAGAAAUACCCGAAGAAAUGACAGGUGUAAGGAAAGAAAAAUUGAAGGCAGAAGAAACAAGCAAAGGAAAAAAACAGACCGGUGUUAUUAUAAUUAAUUAUAAUAGGGUUUGA